AUGGAUUCUACCACUACCACUACCACUACCACUACCACUACCACUACCACUACCACUACCACUACCACUACCACUACCACUACCACUACCACUACCACUACCAAUUUUUUCAUCAUCAGAAGAAUAAAUAAUUGA